ACAAGGUUUGUGUUAUGACCUUUCACCUCUAUAAGCACAUGGUCGAAAAAAUCUCGAUGGCGAGGCCACCAAACUUUCCCCUGCCUCUGGGGCACUUUCCCGGCGGAAUGAUCCCCUCCCCGGGGCCCUUCCCGCCCGGACUGAUGUUUCCAGCCGUCCCUGGUCCCCCAGUGAUCCCGGGGGUGGGGAAUUUCGUACCGAGACACGGGUUCCCACCACCGUUCUUCCAGCAGGCUACCUUCGGGCCCGGUGCCCUCCCACCCCGAGGACCACCCCGACACGCCGGCCCCAUGGUACCGGGGCACGGCCGUGGGGCACCGGCGGGACCUCUGCCCAGAGGCCCAUGGACACAGGAAUAUAGGAAGGGCAACUUUGCUCAAGGGAACAGGCAGCAAAGAAAGAAGGCCCAGCUGAGUAAAGAUGACACCCCGUUCUACUGUGAUCCUUGUGACAGAGGCUUCAAGACAGAAGACUUACUCAAGAAACACCGCGAGACACAUAUACAGUGUUACCAGGAAGGAUGUCCCUAUGUAGCAGCAGCAAAACUGGUCAAGCUUCACCAUAAGCUGACACAUCUUUCCAAGUUCUCCAAAGCACUGAGUAAACUGGACACACCUGAAGCCAUCGCCAAGUGGCGUGAGGAUAGACGGAAAAAUUACCCUACAGUUGCCAAUGUUGCAAAGAAGGAGGAAGACAUGAAGAAAAGAAGAGAAAGAGGAGAAGUACUGAACACGAGAGAAUUCGGGUAA